AUGGCUCCAGCCCGGAGGGACUGCAGCGGCUGGGAGAUGUUCCUCCCUACGGGAUGCCUGCUCCUCUCUGUUUUGCUAUUUCACCCUACCCUGGCCAAGGUGUGCAACGACCGCACCAAACACGGACAAGACAACAGCUGGUUCGCAAGGGACGGCGAAAACUUGCCCAUCAUGGUUCUAAUGCCCAUGAACGAAUCGGCCCUGAUGAGCAGCAUCAGCCAGGGGAUCGAGCCGGCGGUCCAGCUGGCCAUCCAGCACAUACGGGAGUCCAGGAAGUACUCGUUCUCGCUCAUCACCAAAAUCUACGACACCGAGUGUGACAACGCCAAGGGGCUGAGGGCCUUCUUUGAUGCUAUAUGCUACGGUCCCAAACACCUGAUGAUCUUCGGCGGCGUCUGCCCCUCUGUGACCUCCAUCAUCGCAGAGUCUUUGGAGGGCUGGAAUCUGGUGCAGCUGUCAUUUGCAGCAACAACCCCAGUUCUGGCAGACAAGAAAAAGUACCCCAACUUCUUCCGCACCGUCCCAUCAGACAACGCUGUGAACCCAGCAGUAGUGAAGUUCCUCAACUACUACAACUGGAGCCGCGUGGGGACCCUCACACAGGAUGUCCAGAGGUUCUCAGAGGUGAGGAACGAUCUAACCAGUGAGCUGGAGAAAGCAGACAUUCAGAUCGCAGAUACAGAGAGUUUCUCCAACGACCCCUGUGUCAAUGUCAAGAAGCUCAAGGACAACGAUGUGAGAAUCAUCAUUGGCCAGUUUGACGAGAACCUGGCCUCUAAAGUCUUCUGCUGUGCGUAUAACCUGAACAUGUUUGGCAGUAAAUACCAAUGGAUUAUCCCCGGCUGGUACCAAGGCAACUGGUGGGAGCAGGCCAACUCUACCAACUGCACCACCAAGAAGCUGCUCACGGCCAUGGAGGGAUACAUCAGUGUGGACUUUGAGCCGCUCAGCGCUCGGCAGAUCAAGGGAAUCUCUGGCAGGACCCCUAAGGAGUACGAGAGGGAGUACAGCCGAGAGCUUCAGCAGAAAGGUGUGGAGGCCAGCAAGUUUCAUGGCUUUGCCUAUGACGGGAUCUGGGUCAUUGCUAAAACCUUCACUCGCGUGAUGGAACUGCUCCGGGUAAAACAACGGCAGAACACCUACCACAACUUCACUGUGGACGACCGCGAAGUGGGAAAAAUGGUGCUCGAUGUCAUGAAUGAGACCAACUUCUUUGGUGUUACGGGCCAGGUCAUGUUUCGGAACGGAGAGAGGAUGGGCACAAUAAAAUUCAACCAGUUUCAAGAUGGCCAGGAAGUGAAGGUGGGAGAGUACAACGCAAUUGCUGAUGUGCUCGACCUCAUCAACAACUCCAUCAGGUUCCAAGGCGUGGAGCCCCCCAAGGAUCGUACGUUUGUGCGCCUGCAGCGGCGCCACAUCAACGUGCCCCUCUACAGCAUCCUGUCCACCAUCACCAUACUGGGCAUGCUCAUGGCCGGGGCCUUCCUGUUCUUCAACAUCAAGAACCGCAACCACAGACUUAUCAAGAUGUCCAGUCCCUACAUGAACAACCUGAUCAUCCUCGGAGGCAUGCUCUCCUACGCCUCCAUCUUCCUGUUUGGCCUGGAUGGAGGUUUUGUCUCGGACAAAGAGUUUGAGACCCUCUGCACUGUGCGUACAUGGAUCCUCAUUGUUGGAUACACAACAGCUUUCGGCGCCAUGUUUGCCAAGACCUGGAGGGUGCACGCCAUCUUCAAAAAUGUCAAGAUGAAGAAGAAGAUCAUAAAGGACCAGAAGUUGUUGAUUAUCGUUGGCGGGAUGCUGCUAAUCGACUUAUGCAUCCUCAUUUGCUGGCAGAUUGUGGACCCACUUAAAAGGACUGUGGAAGAGUACAGCUUGGAGGCGGACCCUCAAGGCCGAGACAUAGCCAUCCGUCCCUUCUUGGAGCACUGUGAGAACACCCACAUGACCAUUUGGCUGGGCAUCGUCUAUGCCUACAAGGGACUGCUAAUGUUGUUCGGCUGUUUCCUGGCAUGGGAGACCAGGAACGUGAGCAUCCCUGCUCUCAACGACAGCAAGUACAUCGGGAUGAGUGUUUACAACGUAGGAAUCAUGUGCAUCAUCGGCGCCGCGGUGUCCUUUCUCACGAGGGACCAGCCCAAUGUCCAGUUCUGCAUUGUGGCACUGGUGAUCAUCUUUUGCAGCACCAUCACGCUCUGCCUGGUCUUCGUUCCCAAGUUCAUCACCAUGAGAACCAAUCCAGAUGCAGCCACCCAGAACCGGAGGUUAAAGUUCACCCAGAACCAGAAGAAGGAAGACUCCAAGACCUCCACCUCAGUCACCAGCGUCAACCAGGCUAACACUUCGCGACUGGACGGGCUUCAAACUGAUAACCACCGCCUCCGCAUGAGGAUAACAGAGCUGGACAAGGAGUUGGAGGAAGUGACCAUGCAGCUGCAGGACACCCCUGAGAAAACACCCUAUAUCAAACAGAACCACUACCCAGAUGGCAACAACAUCCUCAGCAUACGCAACUUCACGGAUGGCAAAGAUGGAGAGAAGUCGAUACUGAAGAACCACCUGGAGCAGAAGCCUCAGGCGCAGUGGGGCUCCAUGGAUCCUUCCAGAAUAAACAGAGGUCCCCUGGAGGAUAUCAACUCGCCUGAACACAUACAGCGUCGACUGUCCUUGCAGCUGCCCAUCCUGCACCAUGCCUACUUACCCUCCAUAGGAGGGGUUGAUGCCAGCUGCACCAGCCCCAACGGCAGCCCUGGUUCCAGCCCACGGCACAGACACAUGCCCCCUUCCUACCGGGUAAUGGUCUCUGGCCUGUGA